GAAGGGGGGGGAAGGCGGGCCGGGGCACGGGCCUGCCGCUACGUCCUCCCGGCCCUGCGCCCCCAACCCUCACCUUGAGCAGCGUGUCCGCCAGGGAUAAGCCUCUGUCUUAAAAAUGUCAAAACAGCCAGCGUCACAUGUCAAAGCCAUUCAGGCUAAUAUUAACAUCCCAAUGGGUGCAUUUCGACCUGGUGCAGGCCACCCUCAUAAAAGAAAAGAACUUACACCUGAAGAAGUGGACGAAAGUGUUCCUGCUUCGACAGAGGAGGAGAAAGACAAGAAACAUCUCCCAGGAGCUAGGAAACUUCCAGGUCCUGCUGUCAACUUGUCAGAGAUUCAGAACAUAAAGAGUGAGCUGAAGUACGUUCCCAAAGCUGAACAGUAGCUGGAACAAGCAGGUCUGACAAGUGAAAUCGAAUGGAUUCCAAGGAAUGGAGAUAAUUUGAAAUUUUUUAUAUAUUUGUAUGAAGACUAUGAACUUCCUAACUGUUCAGUAUCCCAUAGGAAGCAUCCUCUUUGUACAUUUAUAUCAACACUUUCUUGUUGUCCAUUUUGUUUAACAUAGGAAAGUACUGCUGAAAUAAAACAGACCACAGCAACUAGCAAUGAAUGUGUAUAUGUACAGGAAUGAUUUUGACCUGAGAACAGGGAAUAGUGUAACUUGAAGUUGGAACAAAAGUAGAAUAAAUACUUUCUAGAAAUAUAAUACUAUUUGCAAUUAACUUGGUUUCUUUCUUUUUGAAAAAUGUCAAUGUGGACAGAGUUUUAAAAUUAUUUGACAAAAUGCAGAAUGACUGAGGAGUGUAACAUCUCAUUUCCUGUUGUGUACUCCUGGUUAUA